UUCUAAAGCUUUAUAAACACUGAAGCUUCAGCGUUAGCAUGUCGGCUUUAUGAUCACGACACCGGCUGCUAACACAGUUUGAUCUGUUUAGCGGUUUAAAGUUGGCCACAAAUUAAUUCCGACUGUUUGCUGUGUUGUAACCUUUAUGGCCAAAUACCAGGAGUGAUGUUGAUUCCUUCCAUGAGUUAAAUAGUAUAAGAAUAGCAUUGAUUUAUGUGUUUAUUUCUGAAAUGGCAAUUGUGAGGGAAAGAGGUCAACUUUAGCUAACAUCUAGAUGUUAAAACUGUGGUUAUUUGAUUAAGCAUAUUAUAAUAAAUACUAUAUAUAAACUAUACUAUAAACAAAUUUGUGGAUCUAUCCUUAACUAUAGCAAAGAUUUGCACCAUAGUUUUAUUCUGAGCAGGUUAUCAAGUCUCAAAUUAAAUCCAACUGCAUCUAAAAAUGGCACAAAAGGGAUUUUUCUUCCUUUGCUCUUAGGAACCAUGAUCAGAUUUGUGUGUAAAAGUUUUGAUUUACAGUAUCAACAUUAUGGCUUUCGUCGUCGCCUGGUACAGCCAUCAUCUGCUGCACAAUAAAGCUUUAUCCUUUCCAGUGGUGGCGUGGCUUGUUGAUCAGAAGGUCAGGGUUCAAGCCACAGCACUGCUAAGCUGUCACUGUUGGGCAAUUAAGCAAGGCCAUUAACCCUCCCUGCUCUGGGGGCUGUUGUAUCAUAGCUGCCCCUGCACUCCGACCCCAACCGAUCUCACUGAUAAACUUGAUUAUGCUGGAGAACCAGUAGUAGAAACACUACAACCUUUUAUUACUUAUGACAAUCAAGGAAACUUUUGCAAAAAUUCCUGGUAGCUUUUAUCAUUUCAGACGAAGGGUAUGCAAACUUUUGCAUUAUGCUGGACCUGUGCAUGCUUCACAUCAAAAGGGGUUAUUCCUUCAAUACACCAGCAAUAAAAUAUAAUAAUGGAGGUUUCCACAAGGAGGAUGCGUAAUUUGGAGCCAGCAAGGCCACUACGCAGACUAAAUAGUCAUCAAGUGGUCACACAUGUAGUGGCGGAGCCUCGGGAGAACCCAAGAGAAACACCAGUAAACACGAUAAGAGAGGAGCAUUUUAAUGAAAUUCUCAAGCUGAACAGCCAAAAAAAAGCACCUGAGAAACCAGGUAGGAAUCAUUCAGAGAGAAUAUCAUACAGCAGAAACUUCUUGAUCAAGUUGGCAAAUGCACCGAUGGCAAAGAAAAAACCUGAUUUUCUGCCAGAUCACCCAGUAGUUUUGGGCAAGGCGAGGGAACCAGACACAUACCUGCAAUUUGGAAACAACUGCUCUAAGCCUGGAUGAGGUUAAAGCAGACCCACAGCUGCCUUCUCCUGAUCUUAUCCCUAGAGUACAUGGAGAUGCUGUGAACGUUUGCCUGUACAUGACCAGCAACUUCAUCUUUCAUGUCCACAGAAAAGACAGCCACUUUUUUUUAAAAUCUUUUUUGUUGUUGUUGUUAUUGUUAAUAUUUUGGUUAAUAUGUAUUAAUGUGAGCCAAAAAAAUAAGUAUUGGACAUGUGUUGCACUGAAUUACUCUCUUUUUUUUAAUUUUUUUUUUUAUAUAGGCUUUGUUUGUUAUGGUUAAUACAAAAAUACUCGUGUUUCAUUUUACUGAAAUAAAAAAGUACAAUGGAAUUAAUUUAAUAAAACUGCAACUCAGUAUUAAAACGCAUCAAGUGUUAUAAUAAAACAAAUAAAUCGGCUGGAUAAAAUUGUGAAUUCUGGUGUUCUGGUCUGGAUAUGUUAUGUCUUAAUACGUUUCCAGACAUUGUUCCUUAUCUAGUGCUUGUUGUUUUGAUGAAUUAAAAGUUAAACAUCA